UGCUUUAAAACCCUAAACCCUCACUGUUUCUCUUUUUUCUCCUCCCUUCCCACUCCUGCAAAAACAUAGCACAGGUAUGGAAGUGGAGCUUCUGUAAUCAAACUUUAAGAAGUCUCCUCCCCGUCUCUCUAAUGUAGUCUUGUGUUAGUUUAUGAGCAUUGCCGUAAUGGGUAACUGAAUAAGGUUUCUGCUUUAGGAGAUUGAAGAAUGAUUCUCUUGUUUGAGACCCCAGCUGGGUUUGCGCUUUUCAAAGUAUUGGAUGAAGGGAAGCUCUCUAAAACUGAGGACUUAUGGAAGGACUUCUCUUCUGCAGACUCAGCUAGACAGGUGGUGAAGCUGAAAGCUUUUUCAAAGUUUGAGAAUACUGCAGAAGCAUUAGAAGCAGCAUCAAAAUUGAUUGAAAGUGCACCCACCAAAGGCCUGCGAAAAUUCUUACGUGCUCAUUGUGAAGGUGAAACAUUGGCUGUGGCAGAUUCAAAACUUGGAAAUGCAAUUAAAGAGAAGCUGAAAAUAGAAUGUAUUCAUAACAAUGCCGUUAUGGAAUUGAUGAGAGGUGUGAGAAGCCAAUUGACAGAACUCAUAUCUGGUCUACCUGUACAAGAUCUGGCUCCAAUGAGCUUGGGUUUAUCUCAUAGCUUAUCUAGAUACAAGCUGAAGUUCAGUGCUGAGAAGGUUGAUACAAUGAUCAUCCAGGCAAUUGGUUUGCUUGAUGAUCUUGAUAAAGAACUCAAUACUUAUGCAAUGAGGGUUCGAGAAUGGUACGGUUGGCAUUUUCCAGAGCUUGCUAAGAUUGUGCAAGACAACAUCCUAUAUGCUAAGGCAGUAAAGCUGAUGGGUGACCGUGUUAAUGCUGCAAAUCUUGAUUUCUCUGAGAUCUUAUCAGCUGAAGUUGAGGCAGAGUUGAAGGAAGCAGCUGUUAUAUCUAUGGGAACUGAAGUUAGUGACCUUGAUUUGAUUAAUAUCAGAGAACUAUGUGAUCAGGUUCUGUCUCUUUCUGAAUACAGAGCACAGCUAUAUGAUUAUUUAAAAAGCAGGAUGAACACUGUUGCUCCAAAUUUGACUGCCCUUGUUGGGGAGCUUGUUGGUGCUCGCCUUAUUGCCCAUGGUGGUAGUUUGUUGAAUCUUGCAAAGCAACCUGGGAGCACGGUUCAGAUUCUUGGGGCAGAGAAGGCUCUCUUUAGAGCUCUUAAAACAAAGCAUGCUACUCCGAAAUAUGGGCUUAUUUACCAUGCUUCCCUGGUAGGUCAAGCAGCACCAAAGCACAAGGGAAAAAUUUCUCGUUCACUUGCUGCAAAAUCUGCAUUGGCAAUCAGAUGUGAUGCUCUUGGAGAUGGCAAAGAUAACAGUAUAGGAUUGGAAAGUAGACUCAAGCUUGAGGCAAGGUUAAGGAAUAUUGAAGGAGCUGAACUAGGACGUUCUGCUGGAUCGGCUAAAGGCAAACCUAAGAUUGAAGUAUAUGAUAAGGAUAGGAAGAAAGGGGCCAGUGGGUUGAUAACCCCUGCUAAGACUUAUAAUCCUUCAGCAGAUUCUCUUAUACGAAAACUUACAAAUGGCACUAACGGGGUCGAGGAAAAAGAGAAGAAACAGAUGGAAAUAGAUCUUCCAACAAAUGAUGGAGCACAAGAAGGUGAAGAGAAGAAGAAAGAGAAAAAGAAGAAGAAAGAGAAAGCAGAUAAAGAAGCCAAUGGUGGAAAUGUUAGUGCCGAACCAGAAGCUGAACAGCCGGGAACGAAAGAAAAGAAAAAGAAGAAAAAGCACACGGAGGAUAACGAGGCAGUUGAAGUAAAAGAAAAGAAGAAGAGAAAACGAGAGGAAGUAAAUGAAGAAAAUUCCGAAAGACCAAGCGAGAAGAAAGAUAAAAAGAAGAAGAAAAACAAGGAAUGAGAAAAUUCUGCAAAGAUCCAACCAGUUUUGUUUUAACUUUAGACCAUGACUCAAUGCUUUCUUCAUGUAAAAUUUGGUGUCUCUUUGAUCACAUUUUAGCCUUAUCCUACUGGUUCUAUUGAGUUGAUUCCUUUUGUAAUUUCUAAUUUUUGAAUGGACACCAAACAUUUUUAUUCAGAAGAGGAAGUUGAAUUAAGGUGUUGGUAACACAACAUUCUGGGUAA